AUGAGCUCGCGACGGAGCCGCAGUCCCCUCCACGAUGCUGCCGUGGACGCGCCCGAGACGUCGCCGCUGCUCCCUCCCGGCAGCAUCUCGCUCAACUACAACUCGGACUCGGCCGUGUACGACCGCAAGGGCGAAGAGAUCAGCAACGACUCGCGUCGUUACUUUCACGGCAACAGCACUCCCAACAACAACUCGAGCAGUCGCAGCAAUAGCAGCAACAGUCGCGCCAGCAGUCGCAACGAGGAGAGCAAAAGCGAAGAGCUCGAGGACUUGAGCGAUCUGGAUGGCCAAUUGCUGUCGCCGACGAGUUACCGGCAACAAGCAGAGCCGUUCCGUCCGAUUCCACGCACGAACUGGCGCAGCUUUGGCAUUCCCCGCAAGUUCAAACGAGGAGCGCCAAAGCCGCUGCCGACUCCUGGUACCGUGAGCCACACGACGAGACGCUCUCGUAUGCGGACGAUCAACAAGCAACUGCGCGCUCCUCCGAGUAGCUCAAAGCUGCGCGUGUCGGCAUACUGUACGUGCGACCAGUUGCAGCUGUUUAAGCUGCUCAAGUGGCUCGAGCGCGUCGAAACGGGGCAAUUGCCGGGUGGAGAGCUGCAUCCGGAUGGAUGGACCCACGAGAUGUACAUGGGUGCAAUCCAUUCGAGCUGUGUGCCAGCGCCAAAUCUUGUGUCCGUGCUGCAUGCAUCCCCCUAUCAACAGAAGGACGCCUUCUACUUUGCAACGGGGUGCGCCGUUUUUUGGGGCUUGACAAGGGCAGAAGAGCAGGCGCAUUUAGUAGCACUUGGAGCGUUCUCGGUGGGACCCGUGAAACAAGUAGAGGUGGAGGACAUGGACUACAUGUAUGGCGACACAAGCAUCAUCUGCAACGAUGCGAUUACGCUGAGCAGCAACCGCGCAUCCGAGAAGCUGGCAGUGUCUUUUGCCAUGGCACAGUCGUCGAAGCUGGACGUUUUCGAAGAGCGCGUGGAGGAGACGAUUCGCGAGACGAAACAUGUGCCUCAGAAUCUUGCAGCGACAGGAUCGAUCCAGUACUCCCAAGACGACAUCUCAAAACUCAUUGGUCGGUUGUUUAUCGAGCGAAGCGAUGUCAAUCUGAACUCCGACAUGCUGGAUGAGCCGGACUUUUUCUGGGAAGACGAUGAGUACGAACCGCUGUACAAGAAAGUGAUGAAGUAUCUGAGCGUGGAGAACCGUGUCCAGAUCCUCAACACGCGUUUGGACAUCCUCCGUGCAUUACUGGACGUGCUAAGCCAGCAGCUUGCGCAUCAACACGACACGAAGCUCGAAAUGAUCGUGAUCUGGCUCAUUGUCGCGGAAGUCGCCGUCCAAAUCGUGUGGAAUAUUCUCAUCAAGGAUAUCCUCGGUUUCUUUCCGCGCUCCGACUCGGACUAG